GCCUAGCGUUGUCGGGUGUGCUUGUAAACACUCGGAAGAUGGAAAUUAGUCUUUUGAAUCUUUUGUACGGAAUUGCUAGCUGUAUUUGAAGUAAUCUACUUGUGCGUGCUGUCUGUCUUUUUUAACGCUGCAGAAAUGAAGGCAUCAGUGUCGGAAAUAUUGGAGGAAGUUGAAACCGUGAAGUCAGCACUGGCCGAAGACAAUCCCCGAAAUGCAAGGGCCUUCCAGCUUCGUACACGGCUUUGCUUGCUGUUGGAAGAGUUGCUCCUAACAGACUUGGAAUUUGCCCUGGACAAGAAAGUAGAGCAGGAGCUGUGGAAUAGUGCUUUUAGGAAUCCUAUCGCAGCAUUCCAAGUCAAAUCGACUGACAAGAAGGAAAGGGCAAAUGGAGAGUCCCACACAAUGCUGUCUACAUUGUUGGAGACAGCCAGUGGCUUCUAUCUCCAGCUUUUCCAGAAACUCUGCUCUGUAUAUGACAUUAGCUUCAAAUACCGCCUCAAAGACCUGGAUUUUGGCAUCCUGCAGUGGGUGAAGCAUGAUGACCCCAACGUUGAGAAACCAAAGAAGUCCUCUGUCCUCUACAUUUGUCAGCAUUGCUUAGUUCACCUUGGAGACAUAGCACGCUAUCGUGGUCAAUCACUGCAGGCUGAAAACUUCUACCGCCAUGCUGUUGACAUGGGACCACGAAAUGGGCACCCUUACAACCAGCUUGCCCUUUUGGAAGCAGCUAGUGGGGAGAAACUCUCUGCAGUGUUUUUUCACGUGCGCAGUCUUGCACUGCUGCACCCUUUCCCAGCAGCUGCCACAAACCUUUCCAAGCUUUACUCGAAAAUGGUGUCUGACAGUGCUACAUCCAUUGGCAAGACAAAAAUGACACCGUACGAGUACACUACAGCGUUUCUUCAGUUUCAUGCACACAUCUAUCUUCACACAGAAAUGAGCCGAGCCGAGGGUGUGCUGGGCUCUCUGACAAGCAGCCUUCCAGCACUGGUGAUGGUGGAAAAGCUGGACACAUGGCAGCUGCUGCAGAUGGUGGCCAUCUGCAUGUUCAGCCAGCAGCACUGCACAGCGCAGGCACCCAGCCCGACCGACUCUAGCAGUACAGCCGGCCCCCCACCUAAGAAGGCCCAGCACCUCCUGCUCGACCUAGUCGCAAGCAUGUUGCAUGCUUUCCUGCUGCCCAUGCAUGCGCUCCAGGACCCUCGAGACAUGCGUGACUGCUGCAGCGUGCCUGUGGUAAAGCUGGUCCUUGACUGGCUUUUGCACAAACAGGAGCUGCUGCGCAGUGAGCCUUUCAUUCGAAAGCCACAGGUCUGGCAUGGGUUCUGCAAGCUGCUCAAUGGGUUGCUCGCUGUGCUUCCUGCCGAGUUUCCAAAAGAGAAAUUUUCCACAAUUCCUUUGCCAGAAGAUUGGGAUGUGCAGUGCUUCACUCCGCUGCAGGAGGCUCACAGCAACCUCUGCUUUGAAAAUGCCCCAAAGCUGACAAAAGGUGAAAUCGGGGACUUGAGGGCAAGCAGGCUUCUUGAUCUUGCAGAGAUGCUGAGCCAAGUGGUCAUGAACGGCAAAAAUGUGGUUGUGCUGACAAAGGAAACGCCACCACGGUACAUAGCCAGCCACUACACAGAAGCCAUGCGGAACCAAGUGAUGCAGCAGAUACAGCAACUGUCCAUCGAACCUGAAGGGGACUCGAGAAGGCCUGCAGAGAAGAGUGUCUCAGAAGUGCGUUUCAAGCUGGAGAAUGAUGGCCACACAGUCAAGGCAGGGGAACCAGAGAAAAGGGGCAUCAAAGGAACGACUUCGCUCAAGGACCGGCGACCAACUCGUAACGUGGCUAUGCAGGCUAUUUUUCAGCAGUGGGAGCAGCGAAGUGCAGGCCUGGCUGACAGCCAUAGUGGAUGGAGGGGUCCCUCGUCUGAUGCUCUGUCUUCUGCUGUACAUAAUAUACCAGGCCAGAGUAACCACAAGGUUGAUGAGAAACCAUGGCAUCACCAACACUUUCCGCGUACGAGCAGCAGUGGCAGCCGUGUGAGCUUUCAUCUGCCCCCUACUGCCAAUGGACAGCCCCUGAAUGCGCCUGCUGCUCCUCUCACCUUCGACCCAGGGGUUGCUCCAAUGCCACCACCACAGCCACAGCCACACUUCAGCUUGGCUGACACUGGUGGUGCGCAGCAGGCAGCGGCUGCCCAGCAGGCCUCGUCCUUUUUAGCUGGCGGGCCUUCCCUGGCAGGACCGACCAUGGGACCUUCGUACCUGUGGAACUACUUUGUGCCCACACAGGUGGGCCCUAUGGCUGCUCCUCCGGCUGGGCCACAGCCACCCCCGCUGCUGUACCUGGGCACCAGCCAGCCCAUGGUGGCCCCACAGCUGGAAAACCUGCUGCGUCAGCAACAGCAGCAUCAGCAACAGCAGCAACAACAGCAGCAGCAGCAGCAGCAACAGCAGCAACAGCAGCAACAACAGCAGCAGCAGCAGCAGCAGCAGCAGCAGCAGCAACAACAACAACAGCAACAACAGCAACAGCAGCAGCAGCCACAGCCACAGCCACAACCCAUUGAGCCCAGCAAGGUGGCCAGCACUCCUGCCGAUCUUUUCCAGGGGAAUCCAUCACCAGCAAUGGCUCCCCCAUCACAGCCACCCUGGAUGCAGCAGCAGCUUAUGGAAGUCAACGGCUGCCAGGUGGUGCCCCCAACUGGUACAGCGCAGACAUCGGGGCCUGACUUGCCAACAAACACUUACUCACUGUUCAAUUCUCCUUGGCCUUCUGGUCUGCACCACAUGGCCAAAGAAG